AUGCGCCAGCAGUCGACCGACACGGUCGACAAAGCGGUGUGCACGGAGGAUGCGGGCGCCGCGCGGCUGGAGGCCGUCCUGGUGGCCAUGGUAGAACGCAAGGCGCGCGCACUUCACGCCGAGCAAGCGCGACGCCGUGCUCGCACCCAUCCGCUGCUCCUACUACUGCGCAGCCAUGUGUCCGACGAGGAGGCAUCGAUCAUAGGCAGCCCUGGUGAGAGACUUCCGGCGCACUGGUGUGAGAAUGAGUUUCAAAGGCAGGUCAAUAAGAAGAAGCUCAAAUUGCAUACGCACCAUGGAGAGCUCAACAGUCCAGAGCAGCUGGAAAUGGAGCGGCGGAGACGCAAGCGCAGACGGCACGCACCCACCCAUCCACAGAAGCCCAGAAAACAUCGCACUCUACUUGUUUCUGCGAUCGACGAACAGGCUAAAGUUAUACACGUAUUGGACCCCGACGAACUACCACGGCGGGCGCGCUACACCAUCAUGGUGACGGCGUGUCUAUUGCUGUUUCUUUGCCUCCUUCUCGUCGGAGUAACACUGCGAAUGGCACCGCUUAUUGACGACAUGGACGAUGUCGGCAUCUACCGCGAGAUCAAAGGCGCAUGCCAUAACAUCGACGCUUGCAUCGGGCCAGACUCCAGAGUAGUUUGUGUGACUCGAGUCAACGCCAAUGGAUUUGGAACCAGUGUCCAAAUGUAG